AUGAGUCGCCUCAGCGAUGAUGUGGGCAACUCCAAACUUGAUGUAGCCCCAUCGACCGACGCAAUCCCCGCGAAACUCGAUACGUCCGAACAUAUCUCAAAUACGGCUUCUACGAAGGAACUCGUCAAUUUCGCUCUCAACUUUCUCUCAACCUCUAGCAAUGAAACCCUCCUGGGUGUCUUCGCUCUCCUUAUACUUGUCACCUACGUUGUUCUGGGGCGAAUUGGACUCGUCCUCAUUGGUAUUGUGCUAGGGGUGGUCCUUCACGCAUCGUGGGACGGACCAGACUCAGUCUCAGAAGGAUCGCGUGCACCAAACAGGAGAAGAGAGCUUGCGCUAGAGGUAUCCAGCAGACUUCUGGACUGGCCGAAGCGGGACGGUGCUUCGCUAGCCCAAGGCGACAAUGAUGGGUCUAUGAGUGUACCUGAGGAUCUGUCCCCGGCAGACCUUGAUUAUGCCACAUUUCAACCCGCCACCGCGAGUGCGCUGAAAACGCUGACGGAUGCAGUCAUAAGGGACUAUGUUCAAUAUUGGUACGAACCAAUAUUACCUUCCGAAUCAACUUUCCCAGGUACAUGCCGAAGAAUCUUGACCCAUUUUGUUACGUCUGUUUCACUGCACCUGUCACGGAAACGGACAGAGGAUACUUUCUUGCAGUUCCUGACCAACUCUUCAUCUAUUGUCAUUGUAUUCCUUAAUGAACUCGCUGCAGCAUUUGCCGCUGGGGACUCCUACCCUAUGGAGGCUCAGAAAACGGUGGACCGGUACCUUGAACAAUUUCCGGACAGCAGCCUAGCCAAUGUCUUGUCCCAGAAACAGCAACAUAAGAAACUCAACAUGAUUGCGGACGAUAUAUUGUCAAACUUCCUGGAUUCCAAGGCAUACGAUUGUCCAGCUGUGCGGGAUUUUCUCCGCGAGAUUUUUGCGGGUGUUAUAUUGGAGUCUACGGUGACCAGUCUCGCCCGUCCCGAGUUUAUCAAUGACUGGAUUAUCUAUCUUCUGCAAGAUGGUGAAUCUGAGAUUAUGCACGCCAUUGAUGCAGGCGUUGAAGGCGCACGAAAUCAGGGCGCCCGUUCCCCCAAAUGUUCGGAUGCUUUACCCCCGGAGGCGAUUUUGAACCCAAUCUCUCAAACCCAUCAGAGACAAUCUAUGCAGGCGGAUAGAGCGACAGAAGAGGCGGUUCUCGAGGCAAAACGUCUCAGUGCCAUGAUUGCAUCGCAGGAUAUACGAAGCCCAGAACCAACACGGGAAACCGUUGGAUCUUUUUCGAGUACUGAAUCAGAUUUAAAUGCAACCCAUAACAUUGAAAACAAUCAGGACCAAGGGGAAACUCUCACAGAUCCAUUGUUGAGGUCACAGCCACCCGCAAAUCCAGAAAUGUCUGAGAGCACUCCCCAUUCGCCUCGGUCCAGUGCGCAGGAAAAUGAAUCUGUGCCUUUGAUUCUUCAUGGCGCACAAGUCUUGGUAGAUGAUGAUGGAUCGAGGAAUGAAAAAGGCCAAAUCAAGUCACGGCCCACGUGGGAUUAUCUACUGCAGGUUGAGCCAGCGUCAACACGCUCGACUGGAUGGAUGGUUUUCCGGAAGUAUGCGGACUUCCAGUCCCUUCAUGAGAUGCUGGAGACUGUUUCACGAUUGAACCGGAUUCAAAGUUUCUCGGAUCGGUACCCCGUGUUACCCUCUUGGAAAGGAAAAACAAGACAAACUCUCGCUCGGGACCUAGAAGGAUAUCUACAUGAUGCUAUGAAACAUGAAGCUCUUGCUGAGACAGAUCGAAUGCGCCGAUUCUUGGAAAAGGAUGCGGGAUCUAGUGAAGCGGAUUCCAAAAAGCCGGGGUUUUCUUUCCCCAGUCAGGCUGCAUUUGAGAACAUGGGCAAGGGUAUGCUGGGUGCGCUAACAAAUGCACCCAAGGGAAUGGCAGGAGGUGGCAAAGCUGUCUUUGACGGGGUGACCGGGGUAUUUGGAGGCGCUGCCAACAAUAAAAGACCAAUUGCCACCGCCGAGAUCCAGUUUCAACACCGGUCAAAUCUUUCUCUUUCCGAAGCGAAUGACGAAAUCCCAGCCCCCAUUGCUCCCAGUCGAACCAGUUUGUCCAAAGUCCGUCCCAGUUUUGGCGACGCUACGAGGACCUCAGAAAAUAAUGAUUCCGCUGGUUCGCCCGCGUUAUCAUUAUUUUCUAAUGACUCCUUGGAGAUCCAAAACAGCGAAGCUUCCAAAUCGCCUUCGGCCAAUAGUGCAGCUAGUGGCGUCGACCUGAGGGCCAAUGAACAGGAUGCAUGGGCUCCAGAAUCGACGCUCGCACCCUCUGAAAAUAGAAAGUCACUUGACCCGACGAACGACCACCCAGAUAUCAACUCCAAGGAGGAUCUCGAUCAGACAUCGUCACAUCGCCGAUCAGAGACCGAGCAGAGCAAUCCAAGGCCAGCUAAACCACGCAAUCAGGGAAAUCCCAUCACAGCCGAUGAGACACAAAUAGCAGUAGAGCUGAUAUUCGCGGUCAUCAAUGAGCUGUAUACCUUGUCAUCUGCAUGGAACAUUCGGCGGACCCUCUUGAACGCUGCUAGGUCGUAUAUUCUGCGUCCUGGUAGUCCGACCUUGGAAACGAUCCGUACUCUGUUACAGGACUCUAUGAUUAAGGGCCAUACUUCGGAUGAAGCCCUUGGGAAUUACAUUGCCAAGCUUCGUGAGAAUGCGCUCCCGACAGAGACAGAACUGAAAGCUUGGCCCAGUCCACCCAGUGAGGAGGAGAAGGCCCGUCUACGAGAUACUGCGCGCCGGUUGUUUGUGCAGCGAGGGAUUCCCCAAGCACUGACCAGCGUCAUGGGAGCAGCUGCUAGCCGGGAGGCAUUGGAAAAAAUCUUUGACAGUCUUCAGGUGGAAUCUGUCGCCCGGGGCUUCGUCUUUUCGGUCCUGCUCCAGGGUUUGAGAGUAUUGACCCUGUAG